GAAAUGCUAGGCGUUAGCAAGCUGAAUGAUUUACUAGAACUUAUACAUGUUUUCCUUGUGUUGGGAGUAGUCUGCAAUCAAUCUUGCUAACGUUAGCUAGAUACCCAUGGGAUUACAGAGAGAAUGUUUGUCAGACCCCGUUGAUCCGAGAAAAGAGUAACAUGACUCACAUUUUGGGACGGCAGGACUGUGUGGAGAGCCUUCGGAGAGAUCUGACAGAUCUUCAAGGUGCAGUCCUGGACGUUUUCUCCAGAACAGGCCCUGUCCGCUUCCCCUCCUGGAAGUUCCCAGACAAGUUGUCCUGCAAUUUGGACCUGGUUGCGCUUUUAGAGCAAUAUGACUUCGUUGACGGGGAAGAGGAGUUCAAUCAGCACUCCCACAUUGUUUUGCUGGAACUGGUGAUUGACAGGUAG